UCACUUGAAUUGAACUUAACUCGCAUAUCUGCAAAGGUUCUUAAAGCAGUUAGGUAUCAGUGGGCGUUGCAGGAGGGUUGAUGGGAGGUUACAUAAGAAGCCGGCCAGGCCUCCGCACGGUCUUCGUGUCCUGGAUCUGGACAAGGGUCACAAGUCUCUCUGUGUCUUUUUGCUGAAGGAUUCAGUUGGAGAAGUGACCUAAAGUCGACACACACACAGCAGCCACUGCAGACAAAGACGAGAUGAGGAAGCCCAAGAAAAAGAGUGCAACUAUUUUUGUCUUCCCAAUAAGCAUCUUUUUCAUCGUUGUCAAUGUGUUCUGCGAACGUUUCUCCUACUAUGGCAUGCAAGCCGUGCUCGUGCUGUACUUCAAGUACUUCCUGAGAUGGGAUGAUGACUUUGCCACCACUAUCUACCAUACCUUUGUGGCUCUCUGCUACCUGACGCCCAUCCUGGGAGCCAUAGUGGCUGAUUCAUGGCUCAGCAAGUUCAAGACUAUUGUUUACCUGUCCAUUGUUUAUGUGCUGGGACAGGUUGUCUUGGCAGUAAGUGCUAUCCAUGAUGUCACAGAUAAAAACAAGGAUGGCACCCCCAACAACAUGACCUUCCACAUAUCCCUGUCCAUGGUGGGUUUGCUCCUUAUUGCUCUGGCUUCAGGAGGCAUCAGACCUUGCAUGGCUGCCUUUGGUGGAGACCAGUUUGGUGACCAUCAGGAGAAGCAGAGGAGCACCUUCUUCUCCAUCUUCUACCUGUCCAUCAAUGCUGGUACUCUGUUGUCCACUGUCAUCACUCCCAUCCUCAGAGCUCAGGAGUGCGGUAUUCACACGCAGCAGAAAUGCUACCCACUGGCCUUUGGUGUCCCCGCUGCUCUAACGGUGGUAGCUCUGAUUGUGUUCAUUGUUGGAAGUGGGAUGUACACUAAGAACGCCCCUCAGGGCAACAUCUUGGUCAAAUUUCUUCAACAGGGACUUCUUAUAAUCCAGCCUGAUCAGAUGCAGACUGUCAACCCUAUCUUGAUCCUGGUUUUAGUGCCAGUCAUGAACAGUUUGAUCUACCCACUGAUUUCCAAGUGCAAAUUAAACUUCACUCCGUUAAGGAGGAUGACUGUUGGGAUGUUCCUUGCUGCGCUUGCAUUUGUUUGUGCUGCCCUGGUCCAGAUACAAAUUGAUAAAACCCUGCCUAAGUUCCCAUCAAGCACUGUUGGCCAAGCAAAGUUCAUCAACAUGCUUGACAGAUCACUGGACGUCAAAGCUGGAACCAACGGGUUCACCUUGAAGCCUUACACGGCCAAUGAUGAUUACCUGACCUUUGAUGAUCCAUUUCUACUGAAUCUAGGGGUAAAUGCCACUUACCCAACUGGUUUAGUGGAUGGUAAUCGUAGCACUGUAGUCAUCAUUCAGGAUGGGCCUCUACUCCAGCCUUUAGGGUUCAUGGACAUCAAAACCAAGCCAGAACAGGGCGCUAAUGAUAUCAGAUUUUUUAGUGGCUAUGACUCACUUUUGAAUGUAACAGUGGGUGACCAGGACUUUGGGGAGAUCACCACCAACAGCAUGUCAAAAUAUGUUGGGGUACCACGGGGACUUGCAAAGUUCCUGAUCAAGAGUACUACUGGACAGGAGUGUGUCUACAGUCAAGAGCUGGGCUUCGCCAGCUCCUUCACCUUGAUCAUCCCGCCAGCUUUCACAUUUGGACAAAAUUGUGAACAGAACAUCCAUCCAGUGAUGGACAUCAAGCCCAACACCAUCCACAUGGCCUGGCAGAUUCCCCAGUAUUUCCUCAUCACUGCAGGAGAGGUGGUCUUCUCUGUCACCGGCCUGGAGUUCUCCUACUCACAGGCACCCAGCAACAUGAAGUCUGUUGUGCAGGCUGGCUGGCUGUUCACUGUUGCUGUAGGUAACAUCAUUGUGCUCAUUGUGGCCGAGGCUGCAACGCUCCCAGAUCAGUGGGCCGAGUACAUCCUCUUUGCCUCUCUGCUGCUGUUCGGGUGCUCCAUCUUUGUCUUCAUGGCUUAUUUCUACACCUACAUCGACCCAACCCAGGAAGAAGCCCGGUUUGCCCAGAGGGAGCAGGAAGAGUGUAGAGAUGAACAGGUGCAACUCGUUUGAGAACCGCAAGGAGGACAGGAGGAGCUCUGACUCCAGCUCUGACGAGGAGGAAGUCAAACAGACCAAGAUCUAAAGUGGCCAUCCUCCACGGCUUUUCCCUCUUUUGUACAAAUGCUUGGUUCUGUGUUUCAUGUCUGAGUCCAGUACACUACUGAACAUGUCGUGGUUAGAAUGAAUGAAUGGAUGGAUGAGUGAAAUGGUGCUGAUGUUAGCAGAACACAGAAGGGCUUUGAUGAUUAAGCUCUUGGUGUACAGUGUUGGUGAAGGGAUAAAUCAAACACUGUUAUCACCAUUUCAGCAAAAAACUUUGAGAGUAAAUUCAUUUAAACAGGUUACUCAUAUCAUUAAAAUCCCCAGAUCUUUACUUUACUUUAUUUUUACAGUGAUUUAUUUUGCACUGUGUAGCAACAUCUACAUAUGUAAUUUCUAGUUUCAUAGGAUUUUAUGAUGUGCCCGAGUAAACAUACAAAGAAACCAUUCCAACAUGUAUUUAUUUCCAAGCACAGUGUUGUAUGUAUUGUAAUAUAUUGUGUUUUAUAUGUGUAUGAUAUUCUCAUCUGCUCCAGGGAAAAAAUCUAACACCAAAUACUGCUUAUUGAGUCAUGAAAAUGUUUCAUUAUAUUCCAUAUUCAAUCUCAGAUUUCAUCUUGGCCUGGUAGAACACUGCCCUGUGAUAAUGGCUGCUCACCAAAGUCUUCAAUAAAGAUGCUACCAAGGUGUUGUUGUCAA